AUGAGCGAGCAGGAACAAAGCAACAGUCAAAGUCAACCUUGGUCGGAUCCAUGGCAGCAACAGCAAGCGCAGCCCUCAUCGCAAGCAUACAAUGGGCAGGCGUAUCCAGCAGCAACCGAUCCCAACUAUGCGUACUAUCAACAGUACCCUGAUCAGUAUUACAACUAUUACCAACAGUAUCAGCAACCACCAAGCUCGGCAGCAGCAGCGUCCGUUCCUCAACAGCAACAUGCAGGAUACCAGUAUGACUACAACUAUGCUUAUUCACAGUACCCAGCUACCGCAGCUUAUGGUGCUUAUGAUUAUUCACAAUAUGGCGCAGCUUCAUCCGCAGCAGCUCCAGCUCCAGGUACAUCGCAUUAUGCUUACGAUCAUUACUACUAUGGUGCAUCACCGACAUCAUCAUCUUCGCAACAACCAAACACAGGUACAUCCUAUCAACGCCCACCACCUCCACCUCCUCCCCCUUCCAAAGCAGCGGCAUCCUCCUCUUACAAACAGCAAAAAAAGGCAUCCCAGCAAACACAACAGCAACAACCACCUUCGGGCCCUCCAAGUUACAUCGCUGUACCACCAACAGGUGGAAAGAAGGCCAAGGCAACGAACGAAUCUACUGAUACAAGCACUGCUGCGACCACUGCAUCCCCUUCUACAACAGCACCACCAGCAACAGUACCCUCCCCUACCCCAUCCCAUGCAUCAUCAUCAGCGACAAGUACAGCUAACAACAAUGCAAGCAAACCACCCUCAGUCGAUUCAUGGCCCCCAGCAUUACAGGAAUAUGUGGAAGAGGUAUUUAACAAUUGUUUACCAGAUAAGCGUGAUCAGGCGGAGAAGCAGCUACGAUCUAUCAUCAUGGAGAAGCAUAAGCAAGGCACACUAAUGACGACUGAUUGGAGAAACAUGGAUCUACCUUUAGCAUGUGGUUCAGCACGUUUCCGAAAGCAAUCAAAACCAAAGAAGUUCAAAGGAUACCAGGAUCAGCAUGAUAAUCAAAGCGUACCUUCCGUUGAUCCACCAUUGACACGAGAAGAGGAAGAGCGUCGACGAAGUCGUUUCUUGCGGUUCCAAGGCACAUUGGCAACCCCACGUCGGGCUUCACCUGGUGCAGAUGAUACAGCGGUGAGAAAUAUGGAUCAUACGAUUGUAGGAACGUGCCAAACACUCGAGAAGAACUAUCUUCGGUUAACAUCGGCCCCUGAUCCUGCCACAGUACGGCCCUUGCCUAUUCUUCGACAGACAUUGGAAUUGCUCAAGAACAAGUGGAGAAAGGAGCAGAAUUAUACCUACAUUUGCGAUCAAUUUAAAUCAAUGCGACAGGAUCUUACGGUGCAACGGAUUCAAAAUGAGUUCACAGUCAAGGUUUACGAGAUUCAUGCAAGAAUUGCAUUGGAAAAGGGUGAUCUUGGCGAAUACAACCAAUGUCAGACUCAGCUCAAGAGCUUGUAUAAGAAGGGUAUUGAAGGCAACGAGAAUGAAUUUACGGCAUACAGGAUUCUAUACUUUUUACAUACAAGGAAUUGGUCAGAUAUCAAUUCUGAGAUGGCUGGGAUCUCAAUCGAAAGCAAGGAGGAUCCUAAUGUGCGUCAUGCAUUGCAAGUACGAUCAUCCAUUGCGACAAACAACUAUCAUCGGUUUUUCCAUUUGUAUAUUCAUGCACCCAACAUGGGCGGUUAUUUGAUGGACCAAUUUGUGGAACGUGAACGGGCUCAAGCAUUGAUGAUUUUAUGUAAAGCAUUUCGACCCUCAUUGAAAUUGAGCUUCAUCGCCAAGGAGUUGGCUUUCGAUAACCUGGAACAAUUGGAGAAAUUCCUCAAGGAACACAAGGCAUGGCACGUGACUGGCAAAGGAGAGGAUGUUGCCCUGGAUACCAAAACGGCAUCGGCCAAUCUUGCAGAAAGCGCAAAACGGUAUAAAAAGAUUGACAUCAAGGGUCAAAUGUAA